GUACUCAAAUAUCGUACAAACCGGUAAAAUGGAAAACAUGCGAAAUUCGAUGUUUUUCUUUUCUUUUCUUUUUUUUUUUAAAUUUCUUUCUACUUUCAUCAAGUGUAAGAAAGAAAGGAAGUGAUGGAAUAAGUGUAAGACGGAUAAAGGUCGACGCACCUGUUUUGUUUUCACUCUACAGUUCGACUACUGUAGUCGUUAUUUUCCGGGCAGUUGGAACAGUGUCGUUGAAAUAAUAAUUACAUUGGAGUGAUGUGAACAGUUUCUGGUGAUACUCGACGAAGUUUCUCGAGAGAUGAAUCAGCCAUGCAAGGAUCGACGAUCGAUUGGGAGAUAAAGGAAUCCAAUGGAAAUUGGUAUUCCUGUAUUUGCUGUACUUCAAUAAGAGCAUCGCUUGUUAUUGUUCCUACAAGUUUGCGAGAGUUGGAUGGUGCGAGCUGUAACAACGAACGGUUGAGGUAGAUCGUGGUUCGUGGAAUCAAGGGAAUCAAGGGAAGAUUUCCAUGCACGGAUCAAGCCUUUCUGGAAUCCUAUGGUCGAGAGAGGAGAGAAGGAGCAUGACGUAGCCGUCGACUUUGGGGGGCGCUUCGGAUGCUCCGGACUGCUGAUUAGUCUCGUAUGGAGGGGAAGGACGCAAUUACCACUGAAGACACCCUACUUCUAAACCUGACCACUAUUGCCACACAAGACAUCGACGGCUUCCUCCAAGGAUUUCCUGGCAAAAAUUCGCCCUACACAGCCACCCAGGCAAUACUUAUCGCCUUGGUGCUCGGCAGUAUCAUCGUCGGGACUGUGAUCGGUAACAUUCUGGUUUGCGUCGCCGUAUUCCUCGUUAGGAAGCUGCGAAGACCUUGCAACUAUCUCUUGGUUAGCCUUGCAGUUAGCGAUCUCUGCGUCGCUCUUCUGGUAAUGCCGAUGGCGUUGCUCUACGAGAUUUCCGGUAAUUGGUCCUUCGGUGCAAUUAUGUGCGACCUUUGGGUUAGCUUCGACGUACUCAGUUGCACGGCCAGCAUUCUGAAUCUCUGCAUGAUCUCUGUGGACCGAUUCUGUGCCAUAACGAAGCCGUUGAAAUACGGGGUGAAAAGAACGCCACGAAGAAUGAUCGUCUACGUCAGCCUUGUUUGGCUAGGGGCAGCUUGCAUUAGUCUGCCACCAUUGUUGAUUAUGGGAAAUGAACACACUUAUUCUGAGACUGGGCCAUCCCAUUGCGUUGUCUGCCAGAAUUUCUUCUACCAGAUUUACGCCACGCUUGGGAGCUUCUAUAUACCUUUAUUCGUGAUGAUUCAGGUAUACUACAAAAUAUUCUGCGCGGCGCGUAGGAUAGUUCUGGAAGAAAGAAGAGCACAAAGCCAUUUGGAAGCACACUGUUACUUCGACAUAGAGCCGACAGUGCAACAGCAUCAGCCAGUAACUGUGAACCGUCAAUUAAACUCCGAUGUGCAGCCAGGACAUGGUAGUCCGCCCGUAAAGCAACAUCGAAGUUCAAGCGCCUCGACUACGAUACGAUCGAACCCUCGUGGCGAUACACAGGAUAAUAUGAAAUCGUGUAGUGGUCAUACAGUGCGAUGUUUUACCGGUGGUCCUCGCAAAAGCCAUGAGUCGCAAUGUCCAAUGCUUCAGAAGCUCGAGAAGCCCGUCCUCUCUUCGUCCACGACAACUACACCGCCGAUGACAUCAACCAAGUCGACGAUUGUGAGAAACCACUUGAACAGCACCUGUAGUGUAACAAAUUCGCCGCAUCAGAAGAAAUUAAGGUUCCAUCUGGCAAAAGAAAGAAAAGCCAGUACUACAUUAGGAAUCAUAAUGAGCGCUUUCAUAGUUUGUUGGUUACCGUUCUUUGUAUUAGCUUUGGUCAGACCAUUCCUUAAGAAUCCAGAUGCUAUCCCAGCAUUUUUAUCCAGUCUAUUUCUUUGGCUUGGUUAUUGCAACAGCCUAUUGAAUCCUAUCAUCUAUGCGACUCUGAACAGAGACUUUCGAAAACCGUUCCGUGAAAUCCUUUACUUCCGUUGCAGUAAUUUGAACCACAUGAUGAGAGAAGAAUUCUAUCAGAGCCAAUAUGGUGAUCCUAUUAAUAAUUGCGAAAUCAAGGCUGGAGAAAUAGACGCCGAACGUCUCAAUAAUCAAGGUAUCGAAUCAAUCGAUAUUGCUGCAAACGCUCCUAAUGAGAGCUUCCUGUGAUCCGGGGAUAACUUCGAUCGUCGAGCCAAUCGCAAGACCCUUGAAACAAAUUUGAAUCCACCAUAAUUGAUUUUCAUUUCAAUUUCGUGAAUAAAACACUGAUUGUAGAGUAUUCUAUAAGUUGAUUCGAAUACUAUAAAUUUUUUAAAUUUGAUUUUCACUAUAUAACUGUGAUGUAAUAAUUCAUCGCGUUACACAUUUAGCGCGAGAAAUUAGAAGAAUGAAUUGAAUCAAGCUGUAUUUUAAUUAUAAAUUCAAGAUCUAA